ACCAUACCAAUUUCACAUUGAAACAAAAUCCCUCUCAAUUUUACAGAGCAGAAAUAUAGAUUAAAGUGAGAGAAAAUUUCUCUCUUCCUUUCCCUUAAGGAAUCGGAAAACCCAGGAGGAAGAAACCUAUUUUCUUUGUAAAUUUCCAUUUUAAAAACACCCCUUUAAAGGUCUUGAGAGUUGAGACCCUUCUGAAUUUUUUCUUUCUUGGGUAUUUAUUUGUACAAAUUUUGAUUUCCUUUUUCUUUUUUUUGAGAAGUAAAAAUGGGAACAGAAGUUUUGCGGCCACAAAAUUGUUUAAUUGACAGGUUCAGGGAACCUCAGCCGACGGCGGUGUUUCAUCGCCGGAAAAAUGGUAAUGGGUAUUACAACAAUAACGGUUACCGGAAACCAGUUGUUAGAACGGAGAAAAGGAAGUUGAACAACAAGAUCCAGAACCAAUCUGAGCCGUCAAUUUCGAGGAGAUCUGAGGAAUCGAAACCGGUUCAGAUCCCAGGAAAAGCUACGUCGUCGGCGGACGGAGGAAUCGUGAUGGGUCAGGUAAUGAUUUUGAGAAGGGGAGAGUCGUUGGAUUCUCUGAACCCGAAUAUUCGGAAAGAGAACAAAACGACGUCGUCGUGUAAGAAGAAGAAACCGGCGAGUGGUAGUGGUGAUGAGUUGACGGUUUACGGUACCGGAAGAUUGGGUCCGGAGCAACCCGGAAUGUUGCCCAAAAAUAUCCGGGUCGGGCGUACUCCGACCGACGUGUAUGCCGGAUCUGCUUUCUCAAAUUCGCCGUCGCCUAGAUCACUUCCUUUACCCUCUUUCUUCAACAACAUGAACAACAACAACAAAAAGCAAGUAGAAUUCAAGUCGUUUGAUGAUUCCGCCUCAAGAGAUUUACGGAGGUUGCUCCGACUGGAAUAGCGGAUCCGGCCCGUUUUCGCCAGAAUUACCUCUUAUAAUUCUUAACUAGUUGGGAGGGACUAUAUAUGAAUCCUCAAGUCUCUAAUUAGCUUAAAGAUUGACUAUAAUAUUCGCCACUAAAUUCUCAAAUUUUGGAACUUUCAGUUUUCUCCACGAAUUUUUUAGACAUGGAGAAGUGAAAAGGUCUGAAAUUUGUGAAAAUUAGAUUAAAAAAAUGCGAAUAAUUUCUUCUUGUUAUUUUACUUAUGUAUGUUUUAGGGUGGAUUUUAUGUAAGCCUGGGGAAGAUUAUGGAAGGGGGUUAUUGUAUUUCUAUGGAGGUUCAAGAAAAGGGCAGUGAUGAAUAAGUUUAGUUAAUGCUAAAUAUAGUAAUCAGAAAGUAUGUUUUUAGAGUAA